CCUCAGAGAUCAGAGGACACCAGUUCCACCCACUUGCAAACAAGGAGCUCAUCCACGCAGCACACUUCCCAGAAACAUGGCAUCACAUCCAUCAUGGGAUGACAUAGAGGCCGCAGUACAGAGUGAGCCAUCCUCGCCCAGCGGAUCCACCGGCCCACGUCCAACCACAUGGCGCUCCAAUGACCUGGACGUGACCGAUCUGGGUCCGGAGCGGCUGGACGACUACAUCCAAGUGGUCAAGUGUGCCGAUUGCAACAAGCCCACAUUGGCACGGUACAAGGACUUUCACCGCGCCAAUUGUCAGCUCAUCAGGGCGAUUCGUGAUGGUAGGGCAUCUCCGAGUCUGCUUGAUCCCGAUCGUAUGAAGAGAAAGAGGGCCAUAUCGGAAAUCUCGGAUACACCUUCGCAAACAGACACAGGAGCCUACGCAUCCGCAUCGAGUAGUGUCAGCCCUCAGAAGAAGCUCACAAAGAAGGCAGCUAGAGCACUCGAGGUUGAGGAGAGGAGAUUGGCUCGGAUGGAGAAGAAGGCUAGGAAGCUGCGAGAGGCAGAAGAGGCCAAGAACAAUCGGCGAAGAAGAGGGCAAGCACUGGAUGUCAACCGCCAGUGUGGUGUGCUAAACGACAAUGGCCAGCCCUGCCUGCGCUCUUUGACCUGCAAGACCCACUCCAUGGGCGCCAAACGCUCCGUCCAAGGUCGUUCCAAGUCGUACGACGAUCUCCUCCUCGAAUGGCAAAAAGCAAACAAUCCCGCCUUCCUUGCCAAGCUUGAAAAGAAGGAAGAAGAAAAGGCAGCUCGAGCCGAGGAGAUGAGGAGGAGCAAGAAGUCUGAUCUGAAGAAUAAGAAGAAACUCAGUGCCAAGAGGAGAGAAGAAGGUGGAGAUUUGGCUAGUGCGCAGAGCAAGAGUAGGAGACUCAAUCUCUUGCUCAAUGGACUGGAUGGUAAAGGAGGUGGACUCUUCAAUCCCGACGGCUCGAGGAGGAGCUUCAUCAACAUUGGCAGUAGUACCACUGCAAAUACCAACGGAGAAGGCUCUUCUCGGGAUCGAGCCGCAGGCAGCACUAUCGCUGGCGCCGACGGCAGCGGCAGCGGCAAUGGCAACGCCAGCAAUGCGCCCAGUACUCUCAUCUCCAAUCUUCUAGAAGAGGAAGACCCUUACCUCGAAAAUGACCUAGCGUCUCACUCUACCGAUUCUCCCCGUGUGCGCAACGAGCUAGAAGCUCUCCUCGUCGCUCUCCGUACCCGCGCAUCCGACGAGCGAGUCGCGCCUGUGCCCCUUGCUAGACGCACGCACCAUGGAAUGCAUACGGCACAGGCUAGGAGCUUGCUCAUGCUUCGGCAGGCUUUCAGUGUUGCCACGAGCGGAGGGAUAGGCGGGACAGUGGGUGCAGGGGGAGUGGGAGGGGGUGCUGGAUUGGGGGCUGGGAGGGGAGCUGCUGAAGGGGGUGCGGCUGGAGCGGGCACGAGUGGCGGGUUCAGACCGCCGCCUAUUGUGGCUGGAGGUGGAUGGGGAUUGGGCAUGUUUGCCAGUCACUCUUGA